GCGAGAAGGUCUUCAGCACUGAUUGGUCUGCUCAGCUCCUCUCCUCAUUGGUCGGUUCUCCUUGGGGGGGCGGAGCUUGGUGACGUCGUCUGUCUUCGGAGCCGCGCGUCAGGAUCCGGUCAAGUGUACAACACCACUACUCCCUUCUGCGCUACCGGUGAUAUUCCCGUGGAAAUGUGUGGGUCCUGUGGGGCCAGCUGUUAGGGAAGCAAUCCCCACCUGAGGAACUGGAUCCGGUCUGAGCGCUGCGGGUCGCAGCAUGGCUCGGGUCUCCGUUCCCCGGCUCCUGAGAGGCUGAGGCGGCUGAGGAGGCUGAGGAGGAGCUGCUCUCCUCCCGGGACCUACGCGCACUAAGCCGAUCAAGAAGAGGUGAAAGCGAGGCUAUUUAUAACCGGGAGAGUUACCCCACCUGAGGCGACAUCAUGGCGGGAGGACAGGACGAUAGCAGCGUGCGGGUCGCGCUGAGGAUCCGUCCCCAGCUGGCGAGGGAGAAGAUGGCCGGCUGCCACAUCUGCACGUCGGUGACGCCGGGCGAGCCCCAGGUGUUCCUGGGGAAGGACAAGGCCUUCAGCUACGACCACGUCCUGGACAUGGACUCCCAGCAGGGGAGCUGUACGAACACUGCACCCAGAAGCUGGUGGAGGGCUGCUUCGAGGGCUACAACGCCACUGUACUGGCCUAUGGACAGACGGGCUCUGGUAAGACCUACUCCAUGGGCACGGGGUUCGAGCUGAGCAGCACGGAGGAGGAGCUGGGCAUCAUCCCCCGCGCCGUGGCCCACCUCUUCAGGGGCUGCGAGGAGCGGCGUGCCGCCGCCGCCCAGCAGGGCAGGCCCGUCCCCGAGUUCAAGAUCAACGCCCAGUUCCUGGAGCUGUACAACGAGGAGGUGCUGGACCUCUUCGACUCGACGCGCGACGUGGCCGACGCCCGGCGGCAAAAGUCGUCGGUGCGGAUCCACGAGGACGCCAGCGGGGGCAUCUACACCGUGGGGGUCACCACCCGCACCGUCAACUCCGAGGAGGAGGUCAGUCCCCCCCCCCUCAUUGAAGCCCUCAGCUAG